UCUAGUACUGUCCCCACCACCGAGCAGAUUCUCGUCCCCGAGACCCUCUUGAAGAAGAGGAAGGCUCAGGAGAAGACCGCCGAGGAGCGCAAGGCCGCCCAGGUUGAGAAGAAGAAGGCUGCCAAGGCCAAGCGUGAGGUCAUCUUCAAGCGUGCUGAGAAGUACGUCAAGGAGUACCGUGACGCCGAGCGUGAGCAGAUCCGUCUUGCCCGCCUCGCCAAGAAGGACGGUGACUUCUACGUCCCUGCCCAGUCCAAGGUCGUCUUCGUUGUCCGUAUCAAGGGUAUCAACAAGAUCGCCCCCAAGCCCCGCAAGGUCCUUCAGCUCCUCCGUCUCCUCCAGAUCAACAACGGUGUCUUUGUUAAGUUGACCAAGGCUACCUCCGAGAUGCUCCAGAUCGUCCAGCCUUACAUCACCUACGGUGACGUCAACUUGAAGUCCGUCCGUGAGCUCGUCUACAAGCGUGGAUACGGUAAGAUCAACAAGCAGCGCAUUCCUCUUUCCGACAACGCCUUGAUCGAGGCUAACCUCGGCUCUUUCGGUAUCAUCUCCAUUGAGGAUUUGAUCCACGAGAUCUACACUGUUGGUCCCAACUUCAAGCAGGCCUCCAACUUCAUGUGGCCCUUCAAGUUGUCCAACCCCAACGGUGGCUGGAAGUCCCGCAAGUUCCUUCACUUCAUUGAGGGUGGUGACUGCGGUUACCGUGGUGACGCCAUCAACGCUCUUAUCCGCCAGAUGAACUAA